AUGCCAGCACAAGGCGAACGCACAGCACACAACCAGGUCCCUAGCGGUCGCAUCUAUUGCCCCUUUCUAGGGGCGUCAAGAUCAUCCAUAUGGGCAUUUCAGCCCCAUGAAGUGGCAACCCUAGAGCCGACCAGAAGAGAACAAGACGAGAGCCUGAUGCAGGAGGAGGCACUUACCGGAACGACAGACGCAGACGACGAUCCAAGCAAGCGAUUUGAACCUCCAAAGAAACCUGAAGCAAGACGAUGUUGCAUGCGCCAGUACGAAGUCAUGCAAGGAAGGCGCGCAGAGCACACCUGCGUUCGGGAGCCCUGCUUUGAUGAAGCUUGUUCGCGCGAUCUUCCAGGGGGCAAGGGAUGUCGUUACAGCGAGGCAUUCCACCUACACUCGAUACACCCCUGUAUGUGGGGUUGGGGCAAGAUGCUGGUCGAGCAUGCAGAAUGGUAUGGAUCGUCGGCGGCAAUGACGGAGGAGCUGGGCAAGAUAGCGCAGUUGUAUAGGGAGCGACAUACGCACGACAAGAGGUUCGAAGGUCCGGUUGUGGUCAAGGACCCACCGAACGCUUCUGGUGAGACCCCUUAUUAUUUGGUUGUGGAGCCGUCAGAGCACAAUGGAGAGAGGCCCAGGGUCACCACAUAG